AUGGCCAACCCAAGAGGGGAAUGCAUGGCCAUCACACUUAGGAGUGGAAAAGUGUUAGAAGAAGCCACCCAAAACCAGGAAAACCACGAAGAAAAAGCUGCAAAAAAGCCUGAAAACAGGAAGAAAGAAGAGGCCCCUAGCCCGUCUUCACCAUUGGAGCAAAUGCCCCUAUACGCAAAGUUCCUGAAGGAGCUCAUGACAAGAAAAAGAAACUGGGGUGAAAAGGAGACUAUAGUCCUAACUGAGGAAUGUAAUGCCAUCAUACAAAAGAAACUCUUCCAGAAAAUGAAGGACACAAGGAGUUUCCAAAUCCCCUGCAUCAUAGCAGAUAUCACUAUUGAAAAGGCUUUGUGUGACUUGGGAGCUAGCAUCAAUCUCAUAUCCUUGAACAUGAUGAGAAAGAUGAGAAUUGAGGAAGCCAAACCAACAAGAAUGGUACUCCAACUAGCUGACAGAACAUUCAAGUUUCCACAUGGAGUGGUGGAAGAUUUAUUGGUGAAGGUGGGAGAAUUCAUCUUCCCAGCUGACUUUGUUGUGCUAGACAUGGAAGAAGAGGCAAACACUUCAAUUAUCCUAGGAAGGCCGUUCCUAGAUACUGCUGGAGCCAUCAUUGAUGUGCAAAAAGGAGAACUAGUCUUGAGAUUACAUGAGGAAAAGAUGGUCUUCAAUGUCUUCAAGGCAACGAGUUAUCCUAAGGAAGCAAUAAGAGAAUGCAUGAUGGUGGACACCAUAGAACAAAUAGUCCAAGGAGUUUUGGAGGAAGAGCAAUAUGAAGGAAGUAUGGAAUUAGAGUAA